UCAUUGCUGUAGCUAUGGUAAAUCGAGUUUCUGCCUGUGCUGAAUGCAUUAGUCUAAUGAGAUGUGUGCAGCCGGAGAGCAGGGCUGCUGGAGACUAACUGUGAGCUUCUAACACCCGGGUGGACGCUUAGCUUUUGCAGUACCCGGUUUGCAUGUUCCGAAAGUCUUCUGCCUUCUGAGUCAACCUCCCCGGCCUGGUAAAGAACCUGACCAGGGCUCUGGUGAACCCGCUGUAGCGCCUCUUCUGCCUGUGAGUGAUUUGUCACUUCUUCUGCAAGACUGGCACCAGCAGAAAUGCAGUCUCAGAGGACCCCUGGGAGAAAGCGAGGCCGACCCCCACUUCACUCAACGCCUGUGAAGAUGGCAGUUCAUAACCUUUAUUCUGCGUCAGCUGGCUCUUUACCGGCAGUGAAGAUCCCAAAGAAAAGAGGGCGGAAACCUGGGUACAAGCUCAAGUCUCCGGUUCUCCUGACUCCGUUGGCCCUCUCACCUCCACGGAGUACACCAGAGCCCGACCUCAGCUCCAUCCCUCAGGACGCAGCCACCAUCCCCAGCCUGGGAGUCCCUCAGGCGCUCACAGUCUGCCUCUACAUCAACAAGCAGGCCAACGCUGGGCCCUACCUGGAGAGGAGGAAGGUGCAGCAGCUCCCCGAGCACUUCGGGCCCGAGAGGCCGUCGGCGGUCCUGCAGCAGGCCGUGCAAGCAUGCAUCGACUGUGCCCACCAGCAGAAGCUGGUCUUCUCCCUGGUCAAGCAGGGCUAUGGUGGUGAGAUGGUCUCGGUCUCGGCGUCCUUUGAUGGGAAACAGCACCUGCGGAGCCUGCCUGUGGUGAACAGCAUCGCGUACGUCCUCCGCUUCCUCGCCAAGCUGUGCCGAAGCCUCCUGUGCGAUGACCUCUUCAGCCACCAGCCCUUCCCCAGGCGCUCCAGUGCCUCCGAGGAAGCUCAGGAGAACCAGGAAGGCAGGAUGGAGACAGCCAAGACCUUCGCCACCGCAGAGUGCCGCCUGGCGACCGCUGCGGGCAUGAGCCGCUACAGCCUGGACCCCUCCGGCCCCGCCUUCAGCCACCGGGGCUCCGUGCCCCCCGCCUCCGCGCUGUACUGCAAGAGGCAGAACUCCGGAGAUGGCCCCCUCGGGGGCGGCCCGGCCGCCGGCGGCCCCCGCACCAGCCCCCUGUCCUCCGGAGGCCCCUCGGCACCCGGGCUGAGGCCCCCCGGCUGCAGCCCCAAGAGGAAUGGGACCUCUCUGGAAGGAAACAGAUGUGCCUCAAGCCCUUCUCCAGAUGGGCAGGACGGCAGGCGGCCAAGGAGCAGGAACCCGUCCACCUGGACCGUGGAGGACGUGGUCCGGUUCGUGAAAGACGCUGACCCGCAGGCUCUGGGGCCUCACGUGGAGCUCUUCAGAAAGCAUGAGAUUGACGGCAAUGCUCUCUUGCUGCUGAAGAGUGACAUGAUUAUGAAAUACUUGGGCCUGAAGCUGGGACCUGCGCUGAAACUCUGCUACCAUAUUGACAAACUGAAGCAGGCCAAGUUUUGAAGGUUUUUAGAAGCUAGAAGCAAAAGCCAGCCAGCAGAUCUCAAGAUCAUCUCUGCCUUACCAACAUCCAGCCACCAUGGAAAAACAGAUUCCCUUCUUCAAAACAACAGGCACAAAGACGGGGUCUUUUUACAAAACUCUUUGCCUUUUCAAAAAGUCAACCUGGCCCAUUUCAAAGGCUCUUUUGUGUUAAUGAUUUGCCAAAAAAUUACAAAAAUGCCUAUGAUCUGUAACAUUCCUAACAGGUUGGUUGCCAUCAGAGUGGGUCCUAUUUGGACAAUGAGAGAGUGGGGAACUGAGUGCUAUCACCCAAGGAGAACCCUGGAGGGUUCCAUGGCUGUGAAAAGAACCUUGGUCUCGCUCUGCAGGCCUGUGGCCACGCCCACCACAGCACCACCUGUCUUUGACUGUGACCCGGGGACCUAUCAUUGUGAGCCUUGCUUGAUUCAGCUCUGGAAGCUGUCUUUGAAGAUAAAUGCCUCCCCUUGCACUAUCUGGAAAACUUGAAUUCUUUUGCUCUCUGAAAGAGAAGAAAAAAAACCCUUUUCUAUUCCCAGUGAUCUGAAGUACUGUGUUAUCCCACUAGAGGGCAGACUGCUAAUGAGAUUUCAGGACCCUCACUCCUGCAGGCGGAUAGUUCUGUCCUCGGCAGGAGGGUUAGGGCUUCUGUGAACAAGAUCUAGCCUACACAGCAUAGGGAACUUAUUCCAAGGUCGGCACCACAGAUUGCAAACUUGGGAAGAACUAAUUACCUCCCAAAGGUAAUUGGAACGAAACCGUCUUCUAGAAGGUUCUAGUUCUUAGCCAAUCAUUAUUACGGACUGAUGCACAAGCAGCGAAGGCAAGAAACUGGAAGUUCAUUCUUCCCAGAUGGGGCUUUGGAGUUUCUUCUCUUCCAGAAUCCUUACUGGGGUGUCGAUACAUCGGCCCGCCGAACAGUCUUAGCGACAUUUAGCCAUGGGUGUUUCUUUAAAAAAGAAGAAGAAUGUCUCAUCUAAGCUUUGAAAUGGGAGUGUUGAUUGCUAGUUACAUUGCUGGAUUAUGGAGUUGUAUCGGUGGCUAAUUUUUCUAGUCCUUAACAAAUACGCAGACAUGCUAUUAUUGGGUUUAAUGCAAUUUACAGAGAGGUUUUCCUUCUUCGCUGUGGAGUAAUAGAAAAAAAUUGAUUUUCUGUCCCUUUGCAGCUGUGUCCAGGGAAGGACGAUGCAUCCACAAUUUCCUAGGCAGAAGGACAACUUUGUCUUCAUUCUUCUUCUUAUCCUUUUCCCUCUCUCUUUUUUUCCUUCAUCUUUCACCGAACAGAAAACAUAUCUUCAAAAUGAAUUCACCUUUGCCAGGGGCAUAUUCACUUUCUUAGAAAAAAAAAAAAAUCCGUAGCUGGAGGUGAGGAGAUGAAGACCAGACUUUGCAAUCUGAAGGGUGAGGAUCAAAAAGAACCUCAGGGUUUCUCUUGGCCCAAAUAUACAUUAGAAAAGGCACGCCCACCUCCGGGAGGCAGCCUGAGCAGGAAUCUCGGCUGGAGAGUGGGACAGGCUGGGAUUUCAGCCCCCUCACCCCUCAACCAGUGCCCCAGUGCAGGAGAUGGCCUGCACAAACCCCAAGGCAGCCCUGGAUAGCUUUGUAAAUUGAUUCUUUAGAAAUUGGUUAGAAUUAGAUGAAGAUCAUGAGAGAUACUCCAUGCCAUGCUGUGAGAGUCCGGAAACCUCACGACAACCCAUGUUUCUCCACUGUUUCUGCUCAACCCUCUGAAGCUCAUGGUGCCUCUUCCAUCAACAUAUACCUCAUUUAGAGACUUUCACAACUUCCCACCCACCCUCACUAGCACCUUCCUCACUACAAAAACAUGAGCACUGUGCCCCCAGGUUGAAACCAUCCCCAAACAAUGUCAAAGAGAGACUUUGGGUAGUUCUCAGGGGUGGGAGAUGUUUCCAUCUCAAGUCUAGGAGAAAACUGGAUCCAUGUUCACAUGUAACUGCUCUCAUGGAGGUGCUAUCUCAUUUCGCAUUAAACUUUAAGCAGGACAGAUUGCUGAAGCCAUGAUAUUUAAGGUUUGACUUUUUAAAAAUCUCAUUACUCUUAAAACGAAUGCUGCCAUAUCAGAGAAUAGCCCGGGGAGGAAAUUCUCCCUUGCCUGUUUUUGCACUGGAAUGCACUCAGCCGACCAAAUCAUUGUAGCAGUACUGCAAUAAUAAUUAAUUUUCACCCCUUUCAAAAAUCUUGUCAAACCAGGCAGCCAAAUAGCUUCGCAAAUGUAAAACAUGCCAGGCCAUUUCCUCUGAACAGACCUUAAAGAGUCAGGCCGUGUGCGUCGCUCUUGUCUAAAUGUGAGCUUAUUUGGGGCCCCACACUUGCACAGAUGUUGUCGUUGUUAUGCCACUGUCGUAGCUUUGCUUCAGGUUGUGACGAAUAACGCUAUAGUUUGCGUAUUUCCAAAUUAGAGAGUGUGUGUUCCUGUUCCAUGUAUUUUCAAUUAUACUUUUCUUUAAACACUUUUUUAAAAAUCUAGACACAAUGCUAUUGCCUAAGGCGUUUUAAAUAUUUUAUGAAGCACAUUAUUCCUUUGGUGAAGACUUCAGGUGAAAGACGUGAGGAGUGUGUGUGUGUGUGUGUGUCCUGACACUGUAGUUGGAAGAGCCUUAGGAAGUGGAUGGGAGUGUGUCAGCUACUACAUGUGUUUGGUUAAAUUUGUGUCCCCAGCUUUGUAACACGGAGGCAGAACGCGCUUACCUUCUAUCGCCAGCAGGGGGCGCCCUGGAGGCAGCUGGGGGCUUCUGGGCCUACCCAACGCCCAGAUGACUGAGGCUCCCUGUGACUGAGGGGAGAGGCCCAGCCAGGGAGACCUGUAGGCAAAAAGCAAUAUUCUCCAGCAUCUUGCUCACUGCCCACCAGCGUGGACACUGGCUCCUGGCAUUUCCCUUCAGCAGGGCUGCCAAGCUUUUUCCCUCCCAGUAGAAAAAGGAGGGAAGGGCCCCUCCGGAGAACCAAGUACGAUAUUGAAACACAUGGCAAAGGAGUGCCGAGCUGAGGCUGGCUUUGCUUGAAAAGGAAAUCGGUGAGGGAGGGGAGACAAAACCAUAAAUUUCCUAGGAAAACCAGAAAAGGGCACCUCUUCUAACAGUCCCCAGCCCCUGAAGCUGCCAUAACCUAUUUUUUGUAUUUACAUCCUGUAUGAAAUAGUUCUUACUCUUUAAAUAUUAAAAUUAUUUUUAAAUUGGUUUUUUUUUUGAGAUUACUUUAGGAGAAUUUUGUCAUAUAUCUGAAGAUAGUUGGAAAUGCUCAGAGGUGACUAGGAACUGGAAUUUAGCCAUUGUCAGUAGGUCUUGAAGGAUGAAAAAUUGUGUUUUCUUUCUAAAGAAGCGGCCAGGUUUCUAUGUGUGCGAGCAGAAGGCGGUGCUCUUCGAUGUUUGUUCUGAUGGGACACUUUUUCAACUCUUCUCCGAUGGGGUCUCAUUAAAAAAGAAAUCUCAGAUAACAAAACGUGGGAUGGCGAAGGAGUAGAUACAUUCUUUAAAAUGCAAUCUUUUGUGAAGGGGAAGGGCGAAAACCUGCCGGUGGGUGUGGAUCAUAAACACACUCCAAGCUCCGAGCAGAGCUGCCUUGUCCCGUGCGUUUGCCUGUGGCAGGAGAAGACGUGCCGAGGCCCCGGCGCUGCACCCAGCAGGUGGUGGGACACCCAGAGGUGCGCCCGUUCCUGGGGGCGCCCUGUGACGUCAGUCCCGCGGCCACACCCGCACCAGCACCUGAGCUUCCGGCCUCACUCCCGCUGUGCAGGCUCCCAGGGUGUCCUCCCUCCUCCUCGGAGAUGAUUCCUUCACGGACAAUUGGAAGCUGGAGUUUUGGAAACGCAGCAUUUACUUGAAAGAGAAUCGCUCUUAUUUAGUGCCGCCAGUUAAAUAUUACGGAAACAUGUCUGCUAACAAUUUGCUUUGUGUAAUUUGUUCUAAUGCUAAUAGACAGCAGCUGGGACACUUCCUGUGGCGCAUUCCGCUGUGGUUGCCGCGGUAUGCUCGCACGGGGACCUCACCAGCACGCUGCGCCCAGAAGAAAGCCACGCCGCUCUCCCGCCCCAGGAAAUUCCCCUGCCCGGGAAGCAAAAGCACGUUUUCGGGGGAACAUUUGCUGUUCUGCACUCUCUUUCCCAAGCAGGGCCCCAGACCUGCGCCGAAGCCCUCCAGGAAGAGCUUGGGGUUCUCCUCGCGCUGAGCACUGAUUUCCCCCAGAGGAGCAGGCAGCACGCAGAGCUGAAGAAUGGCGCCCUCCUCCAGGCCCGGGGCUGGACCAGGGUUGGUUCUGAGAGGACGGGCAGGAGAGGAGCGGAGACCCACUCAAGAGCCCAGAGCUGGCUGGGCAGCCAAUUGAAUAAUGAUGUCAGACAGUGUGGGGACAGAGCAUCUUUCGGCCUAAAGCAAGCACGUCAAACUCGAGGCUGGGGGGAGGUGCUCCCAUGCCAUGCUUGUCCUAAGGGGUCUAAAAUGCCACUUAGACUUGCUCUGGGCUGCCAGCCCACCAUGCUCUGCUCUGUAGCUUGACCUCAUGACCUGAGCCUUAGAGGUGCUUCUGUAGAGGCUUAUUGCGAAGGCCAACCCAAAUGUCUUCCAUCAGAGCCUCCUGUGAAACCUACCCAAAGCCUCGCUUCUCCAAACAGCUCACUACGGAAUAGCAGACCCUCACUGGGUGUCACUUCAUAGCAAGCGUGUGUGACCCGAGGCUGCCUCCCUCACCAAUGCAGCAUCCUCAACUCUCAGGGAGGCUCGCCCUCCCUAUCAUGGUGCUGGAGUGCCUUCCCCACAGCCCGGAGAAAUGGCUCUGCCCCGCCACUUCCCAUUCCGAGGAGCUCACUCCCAUAGGAAGUGGCUUAUUUCUUUGUUGGACAGCUCUGCUUGUGAAAGUUCUUUCUCAGGGAGACACAGAUGUCUGUGAAUCAGACACAGACGUUUGAGAGGAAGCCAACUCUGCAAUCUUUCUCUUUUUCACAGAGCUUGUCCAAUGCAGUAACCACACCUAUUAUACAAACUGACACUGGCAAGUAAUCCCAGCCCCACUGCGUUAGGACAGAGGAGCAGACACUCGAUAUAAAUGUAGAACUCGGGUAAGGUCAUGGUCGCCAGGUUCAUCAGCCCUGUCAUAAAACACGAGCGGGAUUUUUGUGGCCUUGUACCCACACAGAAAGGGUGGCCUGGAGAAUUUUCCGUGUAGUUGUAAAUCUGGCUGUGUUCACAUAAGCAUGUGAUAAAGUUACAUAAGCUUGUGUGAAUGAAUCGAUAAGGCCAGGCGCCUCCCAGUUGUUAAACUGUGAAAAAGAUGCUUUGGCACACGGAGGCCCUGUCACCGAUUGUACUUACUGGUUGGUGAUAUAAUGAAGGAAGGAAGCUUUAGUUUAGAUGAAAGCAGGUUAUGAUUGAUGAUAGGAAAGUAAACAUGGUCUUUUGUGAAUUUAUGAAAGAGUCACAGUUUAUGACCCCCAUACCCAAGUUAGAUGCUGUGCUUUGUGCAUGCAUGAGUGAGCGUGUAUUUGAGCUAAUGCAACGAGAAGUGGGAAUUGGGGAAGGUUUGAGAAGGGAUUGCAAAGGAGAUGUUGCAUUUUAGAGCACUCUCUCUUAGUCAGAAGAACUACCUAGCCAUGAUUUAGAAAUCAGACCCAAAAGUAUGCCAAGUGUGUAGUUGAUGUAACUUGCUUAGAUAAAACUUUGGAGCAGAUUCUGGAGCAGAUAGAUUCUCUCUGAAAAUACUUGCAUCUUGGUACUUGGGAAAAGUAGAUACUAUCCAGCACCUUGCCUAGUACCUGCCAUAUAAAAGGCACCUCACUAAUAUGCCUUGGCUGACUGAGUGAACGAAUGCUUGGCCAGUGUUCAUAUUUUCUCCAAAAAGCCACCAGUUUUCCUGAAGUCCAUUAUCUUUACUGAAAAAAUUGCAAAAGGAGCAGACCGAAAGAGGAGCACCAGGCCUUUCAUUUCCUCUGGCUCUUCAGGUGCUCAGAUAGGUCACCCUCCAUAGUCAGUGACUUGUAUUUCACUAAUUUUUUUUAAAUGUUGUGUUUCUUUUUAAAAAAUAUAUUUUUAUUGAUUUCAGAAAGGAAGGGAGAGGGAGAGAGAGAUAGGAACAUGAA